CCGAGAGACGAGAGGGAGGGAAAAAAAAAGGAGAAAACUGUAAGUGCGUAAAAAAGUUCUCGCCGUGGUGACGGAUGCUCAAAAGUUCAGGAGUUUUUCCGAUGCUUCCCAAAGCAGCCUGCGACUGAAAAAGAGACUGAAAAAAAGCGAGAGGGAGAGAGAGAGGGAAACUUUGCACUGGGAGAUCGGGAAGACAACUUGUUGCAGAUCCCCGUGGAACAAGGAACUGGGAGCGUGGGAGCCUCUUUGCAAAGGUUUUAUUUUCUUAAUACUCUUUCUGCGUUUGGAAGUUGCUUUCUCCGCUGCGAUUACUUUUUUUUUUUCCUCCGCCGUUUUCUUUUUUAAAACAUUUUCCCCCUUUUUUUGUCCCCCUCCUUUCCCCCCCCCCUUUUUUGAUUUUUUUUUUCCCCCCUCCGCGUGGAGCGCGGGAGCUCGCCGGUGGGCUUUCCUGGGCGAAGAAGAGGAGGCUUUCGGCGCUGCCGUCGUUAUUCUUCCUCCCUUUUUCCGCGCUCCGCCGGGGGGGUGGGGGGGUGGGGGUUGCCCGGCCGCCCGGUCCAGCUCGGUCCGCGGAGCGGCGGAGGGGUGGAGGGGGAAGGGACGCGCUGUUUGGUCCGGCGGGGAGGGUGGGGGAAAGCUGACGGGAGGACAUGCAGGCUCGCUACUCCGUGUCCAGUCCCAACUCCCUAGGAGUGGUGCCGUACCUCGGCGGAGAGCAGAGCUACUACCGUGCCGCUGCGGCGGCGGCCGGCGGGGGCUACACGGCCAUGCCGGCCCCGAUGAGCAUGUACUCCCACCCGGCCCACGAGCAGUACCCAGCCGGCAUGGCCCGAGCCUACGGGCCCUACACGCCACCGCCGCAGCCCAAGGAUAUGGUGAAGCCGCCCUACAGCUACAUCGCCCUCAUCACCAUGGCCAUCCAGAACGCUCCCGAUAAGAAGAUCACCUUGAACGGGAUCUACCAGUUCAUCAUGGAGCGGUUCCCUUUCUACCGGGACAACAAGCAGGGCUGGCAGAACAGCAUCCGCCACAACCUCUCCCUCAACGAGUGCUUCGUCAAGGUGCCCCGCGACGACAAGAAGCCCGGCAAGGGCAGCUACUGGACCCUCGACCCCGACUCCUACAACAUGUUCGAGAACGGCAGCUUCCUCCGCCGCCGCCGCCGCUUCAAAAAGAAGGACGCCGUCAAGGACAAGGAGGAGAAGGACCGCCUGCACCUCAAGGACCAUGCCCCGCCGCGCCCGCCGCCGCCCGCCGCCGCCGCCGAGCCCGAGGGCGGCCCCGCCGGGGGCAGCGCCGCGCCGCCGCCGCCGCCCGUCCGCAUCCAGGACAUCAAGACGGAGAACGGCACGGCCUCGCCGCCGCAGGCCGUGUCCCCCCCGGGCGCCGCGCCGCCGCUCGGCGCCGUGCCCAAGAUCGAGAGCCCCGACAGCAGCAGCAGCCUCUCCAGCGGCGGCAGCCCCCGCAGCACGCUCCCCUCCAGCCGCUCCCUCAGCCUGGAGGCCCCCGAGCCCCCGCCGCCCCCGCCGCCGCCCCCGCCGCCGCCGCACCACCACGGCCCGGGCUUCAGCGUGGACAACAUCAUGACCUCGCUGCGGGGCUCGCCGCAGGCCGCCGCCGAGCUGGGCGCCGGCCUCCUGGCCCCCGCCGCCGCCGCCCCGCGCACCGGCAUCCCGCCCGCCCUGUCCCUCGGGGGAUACUCGCCGGGACACAGCUCCGUCUACGGCUCGCCCUGCGGCCAGGCGGCCGCCGGCAGCGCCGCCGGCACCUACCACUGCAACAUGCAGGCCAUGAGCCUCUACGCGGCGGCGGGCGGCGCCGACCGGCCCGGCCACCUGCCCUCCGCGGCCGCCAGCCCCGCCGAGGACCCGCUGCCCGAGUACGCGAUGCCCUCGGGCGGCGGCGGCGGCGGCGGCGGGGCGGGGGGCGGCGGCGGCGGGGCGCUGGGGCACGGCGGGCUGGGCGGCGCGGCGGGCGGCCACCAGGAGGGGCACCACCCGCACCCGCACCAGGGCCGCCUGGCCUCCUGGUACCUCAACCAGGCGGCGGCGGCGGCGGCGGCCGCGGCGGCGGCGGCGGGGGAGCUGGGCCCGCUGGCGGGCGCGGCGGGCUACGCGGGGCCGCAGCAGGGCUUCGCCGCCGCCCCGCGAGAGGUCUUCGAGGCGCCGCGGCUGGGGCUCAGCGCCUCGCCGGGCGGCGGCGGCGGCGGCGGAGGAGGCAGCGGGGCAGGGGGCAGCGGCGGCGGCGGGGCGGGGGGCGGCGGGAGCUGUCAGAUGGCCUUCCCCGGCAGCCAGCCGCUCUACCGCACCUCCGGGGCCUUCGUCUACGACUGCGGCAAGUUCUGAGCGCGCCCCGUCGCGGGGACACCGCGGGAACUCAGCUCCGCUCCGCUCCGCACCGCGCCGCCGGCCCUCGCAGCGCCCGCGGAGGGAAGCGAGCGCAUCGCGAAAAGCUUUUGUACAGAGACAGCCCCAAAGCAUGUCUUGGUUUGUUAAAGGACAGUGUUACUCCAAUAACACGUAAGUUUGUUUUUUUUUUUUCCUAAUUGCUUUGAGAAAUACUUUUUUUUCCCGCCCCCCAUCUCGCGCUCUUCCCCGUCCCUUAAGGUAUUGCCAUGCCCCAUGUUUAAAAGGGAGCGAAAAGUCCAGCGUAGAGUACCAGCUUUUUUCCCCCUCCCCUUCCUCUUCUACAAGGACUUGUUUUAAAAUGUAAAUUGCGACAUAGUAAUUUAUUUUUAAUUUGUAGUUGGAUGUUGCGGACCAAACGCCAGAAAGUGUUUCCCCCUUUCCUGAAAAGUGACGUUAUAAUUGACUGAAACGCUGAUUUUUUCACUAUAUAUAAAAAGGGAAACUGUAUUAAUCUUAUUCUAUCAAUAUUUUUUCUUUUUUUGUUGAAAAUAUUCUGAAGGUAUUGCAUUGUUUGUUUAUUAAUAAAUUACCAUUCAGUUGGAA